UUUAAGAUGUUUGUUUUAUGGAUUUCCCUAAACAGAGUGGCGGUCUUAUUAAGCAAAUACUGUCUAAAAUUCUCUAAGACAACUCUUAGUUUCAGUUAGAAAUAAUGGCACAAAGUUCUGUUUCCAUGCGAGAUUACACUAGUAAUUCUAACGACAAUAGUUUGUCCACUAAAGAGUUUCUACAAAAUGAACAAUCUUGUGAGAAGUUUAAAGACAGUGACGAAGAAAUCAAGAUGAUAUUGACUGAAAUUAACAAGCUUUCUGGUGGCACCAACAACAGUCUGCUAGCUGGUGACACAGACGAUGUUGAUGUGAUACUCAAGAGAGCGGAAAAUAUCGCAUCUGAAACAGAACACUUACUGAAAAGUAGUCCUAUAGCAUCUGUUCUAAAUAUAACUCCAGAAACUAGUAACAAUAAAGUACCAGAAAUUAAAGUUACUAAACCAGCAUCAGCAGAUAAUGAUAAUAAGAUCGAAAAUAAAACUCCUGUGCACAAGGUGGCCAAGCAGAGUGGUAAAGAAAACGAAACACGACGUAAACCCAAAGCGAGGCCUUAUUCAGCCGGUGUCAUCGAUUCCAAGAAAAGAGAGUCCGCGAAAGUCGCCAGGUUUGUUACAAAUUCACCAAAACGUGCCUUAACUUGCAAACACGAACCUUUGAUUGAAGAGCUAAAAGACACCACCGAAAGAGCUAAAAGUCUAGAGCUUGCCAAUGUACAAUUGACAGAUGACAACAAAGUUUUGAGAAAACAAUUAGAAAAAGUCAACGAAGAGAAACAUGUUGCUGAACUCAAGUUGGUAGAAUGCGAAAAGUUUAUCGGACGCAUAGGAAAAGAAUAUGAAAAUAGAAACGCCGAAUUGAAAGCGGUCAGGCAAAAUGAGAGUAGAUUAAUGGCGGAGCUGCAGAAGGAACGUAAUGAGAGGAAGAAUUUAGCGCUACAACGCGAUAAGGACUCUGCUAUUACUCAAGAUUUGCAGAGGCAAGUCAAGGAAAUGGAGAUGAUUUUGAGGAGGAAACAUCCGGACUCUGUUUCAGCGUUAAUAGUUGCUGCAAAAUCAUCAACUGUUGAGGACAAUAAGAAAAAGUUAUUAGAGGAUCGUAUCGCGCGUUUGGAACAAGAACUAAAAGACAAAGAGACCCAUUUCCAAGGAAUUCUGCUGACUCUCCAAGAAAAGUUUGGUGACAUGAAACAAAAGUAUGAGAACCACAUUAUAGACGUAGAACGUCAGUUAAUGGAAGACCGAAAAGUGAACACUGAUUUAAAAAAUAAAUUAAAUAAGCUUAAUUUGGUGGAUACAGCUUCUCAGACGGUACCAAGGGGUCAGCAUUCUGUAAGUACGCAGACGGUUCUUAAACUUGACAGGGCGUCUUCUGCCGUGAGCAGGAUGACGCAAAAUUCGGCGCUUCUUAUAAACAAACUGAAGGAAGACAGUUAUCUGUGCGCUACUAUAAAGGGUCUGCAGGCAGAACUGACAGGCAAACAACGAACUAUUGCCAAGAUUAAUCGAGAAACUGAAGAGCUGAGGAAGAAUUUACGUAGUCUGCAGAAGGAAAAAGAAGUCCUGCUCCAUUUGAAUCCUCAAAAGAAACCAGGCUAUAGACCAAGCGCCAAAUCAGCCGAGAACAUUCUAGUCAAAGUGACCUCAGAGAUGGAAGCGGAACUGUCAGAGAGUAAGAAGCAUCAGGAAGUGCUGAUGCAAGAAAGAAGCAGCUUGCUUGACUCGCUCAAGCGGACCAAUGAGGAGUUCAUACUGCUUAAGAAGAAAAGGAUUCAGGAUCUCCACACCCUUCAACUGGCCCACGAAAAAGAGCUGAUGCAGAUGAACAUGCAAGUCUAUCCCCUGCAGGAAGAAAUCAAGCUUCUAACCAGGACCGUGGAAAUACUCCAAGAGCGUGUGAGGGCUGCCGACGACAAGCUCGUGAAGUACCAGGCCAGUGCUAAAGAGUAUGACGUCCAUGGGGGCGGUGACAACCCUAAUUUUAGAAAUAGAAAAGAUACUGGGCGUUGAUUCAGAUUUUUAUUGAGACAGAUUGAUUUUAGAGUUGCGGUAAAAGAGGUAUAGGGACCGCGCGUUGAAUGUUCUGCCAUCUUGUGGCCUGUAUCGGAAACAUAUGUGCACAUAUACAUUGCCAAAGAAAGUGCUACCAUCUACCGUUCUCGUCGGUACGUUUCCUUGUGAACAGUAGGCUCUGUCAUCUUGUGGGCUACAUCGGAAGCAUAAACGACACUUGCGCCUCGCGCCACAAAUCUGACGGCUCCUAUGCUGCCCCCUAUAGUUCAUGCACUGGGCCUAUAAUGCCUGUGAAUGAAUCGUGCAUAAUAUCGAAUUAGACAGCGGUAGAUGUCGCUGUAUGCCCCAGUACAAUAUCCGGUAAUUCAGGCUGUUAAAAGUUAACUUUUACCCCUUUGAACGCCACGCCUAUUAUAUUAUAGCGUGUGCGGCGCGUCAUUUGAUUUUGGGCUUUAGCCGCGCGCGUUACUUGACAUCUUUGGUGGAGGGUUUUAACAAUACUUUUGAGUCCGUUACCAUAAAACACUGUAUAACGCCAUCUAGUUCAAACUCGGGGCACUUUUUUCUUAGACUAUACCUCCUUUACUAUUAAAAUAUUAAAAACUUUGAACGCCGUGUUGAACAAUGUAUUGAAGGCGGGAGAUAGGUACUCUUGCCGAUUUACUGUUAGCUCGUUGGCGUUCAAAGGAUUGAAACGGUUAAGUACGUAUUUUUCGUGUUGUGUUAUUUGAUAUUGCUUUUGAUUGGUGUUUAUACAUUUAAUUCAUAGCACAAAAUAUUCCUUUGGUCCGUUUUCAUAACUAUGGUUUUCGUAACUGGCUGCCAAAGAUUUAUUUUUCCUGUUUCAUAAUUAAUUAUCAAACAAGAAUUCACUUUUUGCUUUCGUAAUCGAGUAUUUUUUCUUCAUUCGUAAUUAUACUGGGUCAAGCAAAUCUUGCCAGUAGCAAACGGCGGCAAAUUUGAAAAAUCGCGGGUUAGCAACACUGUGUUCGAAUAAUUCGAAAAUCGCGUGUCACCUGUGUUUUAUCUGUGGAAUGUGGAUCGCGAAUGACAGCCAUCAUCUUCUUUGUUUACAAUGUUUACAUUCUGAAUCGAUUCUAUUUCAAGAGAUAUUUCUGCUGUGUCACCAUUAAAUACCAAUAUAUUAAAUAAGAUUAUGCUCAAAGCUAAGAUGCCUACAGUGCCAACUGAGAAAUCUAAUAAAAUAUUAAAAUCCAGUAGGACAUCUAACCUGCUGAAGCAAUACAUUCUUGUUUAACGGCAUAAUCCACUUCUAAUUUUAUUUUGAGAUCUUCAAAUUAGUUAAUCAUUUUUAUCAACAUCACACACCGCUUUUAAAUUGUCCGUCCAUACCUAUUAAUAACAAUUUUUAACAUUUUCAAUAUGGAAGGUAGAGACUGUAGGUACUUCUACACUCCAUAAUUUUCAAUGGAGAAAUCCGCGAGUGACAAUUUGAAUUGACGUACGUAAUAGGGCGCGUUCAGCGGAAAAAAAAGUUCGAUGUACAUUGUACAUUGCUGCUUUUCUUAGCGCAAUACUACUCUUUGAGUGUUGCCCUACUUUAGUUUGCUUUACAUUGCUACUGACAAGAUUUGCUUGACGCACUUUAAUUAUCAAAACUUAUUACUUUUUCUUUUUUCAUAAUUGGACAUUUUCGUGUAAACUAUCAAGAAAUCGAUCAAGAGAUUGAAAGGGCAGUAGCAGAGUUAGUUGAAAACAAAAUAACUACCGGGCACUGCAUUCAGAUUAUUGCUCCAUUUAUGUAUUAGAUUAGACUAAGAAGAAUUAUUACGAAGUGAAAAUUAUAUUUUUUGUUAAAGGAAGUUAGGUCAUAUUUUUCUUUUAUUUUACUGUUAGUAAGGGUACUCUGUUUUAACAAGCUUUUCUAUCUAUACAAAUCUAGAAAAUUAAAGUAGAUGAUUUACAAUA